AUGCAGAAGAAGGUUGAGAUUGGGAACCGCCAUGCAGCUUUUGUGCUCCGGGUGGUCCUCAUAGCUCUCAAGCUAGGUAUUGCCUACUGGUUGGAAAACCCAGAUGGGUCCUUUCUCUGGCUCCUCCCUGAUUGGUUGGCUGCGGGCAUCACCUUGGCAGAGCGGGCUUUCCGCUUCGACCAAUGCCGCUACAAGACUCCGUGGAGAAAGCGCACUCGCAUCCUGACCAACACAUGCCUGGCGGACAUGCAAUGCUUGUGUGCGGGGGGACACAAACAUAUUCCCCUGCGUGGGCGUAGCGCAGCGCAUCGCGCUAGCUGGACUCGGGUCGCCCAGACCUACCCAAAACAGCUGUGCGAAGAUUUGGCAACGGCUAUGGCAUUGAGAAUGGGCUUGCAAUCCAAACUGGGAAAGCUGGCCAUUGCUGCUUGUGCUCAUUGCGAUUCUUUGCGCAUUGGUGAGGCAAGCCACCCUGGACCUCGACGCCCUCAAGCGCGAGCAGAACGAGAUGUGCGACUUCUGGAGCAAGUACAGCUUAUUGAUCGCCCCACUCAGCGAUUGCAAGAGCGCGUCUGGGAGAACUUUGAAAGGUGGGUGGGCAGCCAAGUUAGUCAGUUUGCUGCCUCUCAACUUUUUCUUUGCCCCCAACUUGCGGUUGAUGUGCUAAUUUGUUAUGGCAAAAGUCUGUUUACUGCUGGGGCUCCCCUUUAUGAGUUCCGGCAUGUUUUGGUACUGGCGCAGCAGAAGCACUCAGAGCUGCGAGCUUUCAUGGGGCCUGCGUGGAGAGUAAUCAGCCAGUGGGAAGAAGUCCAACCUCUUCAGCACCGUCAGCCUCUCCCUGAGAUCCUCUUCAAGGCCAUGUUUGUAGCAACUAGAGCCGACCUUGUUUUGCCUUGCGAUGCUGGUGACAAUGUUUCUGGUGUAGCUUUCUUGCGUAUUCGAAAGCCGAAGACCUCGAGGAGAGGAAAGGGCAGAGUGCAGCACCUGAAGAUCACCAAUAGUUCUGUGGUCGCUUUUUUAGAAGUGGUUUUUGGACCUCUAGACUAUUCCCUGCAGUUGUUCCCGUUGUCGGCAAGUGUUUUUCGACGACGUUGGGAACGAGUUUUAGAUCUGCUGCUGGUACCAAAAGCCAAAAGGCCAACGCCAGCGAGCAUCAGAGGCGGAGGAGCCAUCCUCGCCUAUAAAAGAGGCGAACCAGUUCAAGACAUUCUUUGGAGAAUGCGUCUAGUGUCCAUAACCACUCUUGAAAGUUACCUCCAAGAGUUAGCUGCUGAAAGCUUGCUGAGCAAGCUGUCAGAGUUGAGCCGCGGUAGGAUCCGUAGUUCUGCUUCCUUUUAUGAGUUGCACUUGCAGUCACCUGGCUUCGCCAAAACUGUACAUGACUUGCGAGCUGCAGCUGAGCUUAGGCCUCCUCCGGGAGAUCGAUCCCAAACACAUGCCAAUGGCCAGCAGGAUGCAAAAAGUGUGGAAGCUGAGGCAUUGGUGCACAAAGCGAUUGGAGAUCGCUUUCGACCCUUUAUGGUGGACACUGGACUGCUUCGCAAAGAUGAGGCCAAGAUUGUGAAGGAGCGCUUGGAGAAACACAUCCCUGGUAUGAAGCUCAAGGUUCUGGAUGCCAGCGGCGAUUUCUACAAGGAGUUGGCUGGCGUCGAAGAGCCCGAGAAGAAACGAAAGAUCAUCGGAAGGUUGUUCGUGGAGGCCUUUGAAAAGGCCGUCUCUGAAAUGGGCUUGCCGCACGAGAGGUGCUUGUUACUGCAGGGAACGCUGUACCCAGAUGUCAUCGAGUCCACCUCCUAUAAAGGACCAUCCAGCGUCAUCAAGACUCACCACAACGUUGGUGGCCUCCCUGACAGAAUGAAGAUGGAGGUUAUUGAGCCCCUGAGACUACUCUUCAAGGACGAAGUCCGAGCAUUGGGAAAUGAGCUUGGACUUCCAGUGACAUCCGUUAUGAGGCAUCCCUUCCCUGGACCUGGUCUCGGUAUCCGCAUCAUCGGCGAGGUCACUAAGGAGAGCGCGGACACCUUGUCCUUGGCCGAUGACAUCUAUAUCGAGGAGCUCCGAAAGAAUGGUCAUUAUGACAAGAUCGGUCAGGCCUUUGCAGUUCUGCUCCCAACGGUGCGUUCCGUGGGUGUGAUGGGUGACCACAGGACAUACGAGAACGUCUGCGUACUGAGAGCAGUGACCACCACGGAUUUCAUGACUGCGGAUUGGUACGACAUGCCACAUGAUGUGCUGGCGCGCAUCUCAAAUCGUAUCAUCAACGAGGUCAAAGGCAUCAAUCGCGUCUGCUAUGACGUGUCCUCCAAGCCUCCCGCAACCAUCGAGUGGGAGUGA